CGCGCACGCGUUUUGCUGCACCUCAGAGAUGAAGCGUUUUCAGCAGCCGUUUACCGGGCCGUUUCUAACCGUCACAGACACCGUGGACACGCCAACGGACCACCGUUUAUGAGGACUGACGAGGAAUUUCAAAGAUGUAUCCUGAGAUUGAGGAACAUUUUAAAGGCUGUGGGAUGGCUAUCUGCAGGAGUUUAUGACACACUGUGGCCACUUUGUGAGUCCCAAUAAUGGAAGAGUGACCGGGGUUGGCUAUAAUGCAGCAAAGAAAAAUGUAGUCCAGUCAUGCACCAUUUGGUGAGCUUAAUCAAGGGCCCUCUAUUUUCACUGAUGCCCCGGACCCUCUCUCUUCUAUUGGACUGUAUUAAAAUCGAGUUACGUCAAACAACAAGAUAGACAGUACUGUUUAUCGACAAUAUCAUUCUGUCACAACAAAGAUGAAAUUUCCUUUUAGAUGUCCCAGUUAAAACAAGGACACUGGUCACUUGUGUUAAGAACCUAAACUCUGGGAAAGAGUCAAACUCAAAGGGUGCACAAGACGGAUGAAGUUGCAUUAUGGCAGCUGAAUUUCCCCAAUGGCAACAUUCAUGCAUGCGGUUCAGAGGAGUGUGACAGUUGCAUGAUGCAGCGAAGUGGAGGCAUCGUCGGGAACAGCCUGCGGCGGGUGCGACUAAUCUGGCUCAGUUUCAUGCUUUUCUUCAUCUUGGUCUUCUUUCCUCUCAUUGCACAUUACUACCUCACCACAAUUGAUGAGGCAGGGGGACCAGAUAAGCGCAUUUUUGGGCCAAGACCUGGAGGAGAGCUGUGUGAAGCCAAGCAUGUGCAAGACCUUUGUCGAAUCCGGGAAUCCGUUAGUGAGGAGUUACUUCAACUGGAGGCAAAGCGUCAAGAGCUCAACGGCGAGAUCGCUCGACUUAACCUACGCAUUGAGGCCUGUAAACGUAGUAUCGACAGUGCCAAACAGGACUUACUGCAACUUAAGAAUGUCAUCAGCCAGACAGAGCACUCUUAUAAGGAACUCAUGGCACAGAACCAGCCAAAACUGUCUUUGCCAGUUAGACUUCUUCCAGACAAAGAUGAUCCGGGGUUCCCUCCUCCAAAAUCAGCCCAAAGCUGUCGUUUGCAUACUUGUUUUGAUUAUGCAAGAUGUCCUCUUACAUCUGGUUUCCCUUUCUAUGUUUAUGACACAGGAUCCUAUCCUUGGGGUGAAAAGUUGGACCCUCUUGUUAAACAAGCCUUUGCAUCAUCCGUCAAAAGCAGUGUAUAUAUGACCGAUAAUCCAAACAUUGCUUGUCUCUAUGUAGUGCUUGUAGGGGAAAUUCAAGAAUCACCCUCUUUACCCCCUUCCUCACCAUCAGACCUUGAAAAGCAGCUCAAGGCAUUGCCAUAUUGGAGGUUGGACGGCCACAACCACUUGCUGGUCCACCUGUCUAGAAAGUCUCUGACACAGAACUUCCUGUACAAUGUUAGCACAGGUCGAGCAGCAGUAGCACAGUCUAUCUUUUAUGAACGUCAAUAUAGAGAGGGUUUCGACAUGGUAGUGUCUCCUCUAGUCCAUGCACUGUCUGAGCCCAACUUCCUAGAGGUGCCUCCACAAGUCCCGGUAAAGAGAAAGUACCUCUUCUCCUUUCAGGGAGAAAAGGUUGAGUCUUUGAGGAGCAGUUUUCUUGAAGCCCCACCACAGUCCUUUGAAGAGGAAAUGGAAGGGGAUCCACCAGCUGACUAUGACGAUCGCAUUAUAGGCACACUUAAAGCUGUACAGGACAGUCACCUAGACCAGGUUCUUGUAGAGUUCACUUGCAAAAAUCAGGCCAAGCCUAGUUUGCCAGCAGAGUGGGCAUUGUGUGGGGAGCGUGAGGAUCGUUUAGAGGUACUAAAGGUCUCUACUUUUGCACUGGUGAUAUCUCCAGGUGAUGGACAGCUGGUGGCAACUGUAGGCUGUAGCAUGAGACUGUUUGAGGCCUUGGAAGUUGGAGCAAUACCGGUGGUUCUUGGCGACCACUCAAAGUUGCCCUACCAUCACUUCAUACGCUGGAGUGAGGCAGUUAUUAUGGUACCCAAGCCUCGUAUUACGGAGUUGCACUUUCUGUUACGCAGUAUCUCAGACAAUGACCUUCUGGCAAUGCGACGGCAAGGUCGGUUUCUUUGGGAGACAUACUUUUCUACCUCAGAGAGCAUCUUCAGCACCAUCCUGGCUAGUAUACGAACCAGCAUUCAAAUACCAGCAGCACCCAUACGUGAGGAGCCUGCACAGGAGAUCCCACACAAAGCUGGAAAGUUGGCUGGAACCGACGCUAACAUGGCUGACAAUGGAGACCUGGAUCUUGGGCCUGUUGAAGUAGAGCCCCCUUAUGCUUCGCCCCGCUUCUUGCGUAAUUUCACCUACACUGCUGCUGAUGUCUACCGCACCUGGAAUCGUGCACCUGGCCCAUUCCAUCUAUUCCCACAUACUCCCCUGGACCCUCUACUGCCCUCAGAGGCCAAGUUUCUGGGGUCAGGUACUGGUUUCCGCCCUAUCGGUGGAGGCUCUGGAGGAUCUGGAAAAGAGUUUCAGGCUGCGCUAGGAGGAAACGUCCCACGGGAACAGUUCACUGUGGUCAUGCUUACUUAUGAACGGGAGGAGGUUCUUAUGAAUUCACUGGAGAGGCUAAAUGGCCUUCCUUAUCUCAACAAAGUGGUGGUAGUUUGGAAUUCCCCCAAACCACCUUCCGAUGACCUCCUCUGGCCAGACAUUGGGCUACCCAUCAUGGUUGUACGUACAGAGAAGAACAGCUUAAACAAUCGCUUCAUUCCCUGGGAUGCAGUCGAGACUGAGGCUAUUUUGUCUAUCGAUGACGAUGCCCACCUGCGACAUGAUGAAAUCAUGUUUGGGUUCAGGGUGUGGCGGGAGGCCAGAGACCGGAUUGUGGGGUUCCCGGGAAGGUUUCAUGCCUGGGACGUAAACCACCAGUCUUGGCUCUACAAUUCCAACUACUCUUGUGAGCUUUCCAUGGUUCUGACAGGUGCCGCCUUCUUCCACAAGUAUUAUGCAUACCUCUAUUCAUACAUCAUGCCUCAAGCUAUCCGUGACAUGGUGGACGAGUACAUCAACUGCGAGGACAUCGCCAUGAACUUCCUCGUAUCGCAUAUCACGCGCAAACCCCCCAUCAAGGUGACGUCCCGUUGGACUUUCCGCUGUCCUGGAUGUCCGCAGGCUCUGUCGCAUGACGAUUCGCACUUCCACGAGCGCCACAAGUGCAUCAACUUCUUUGUAAAAGUCUACGGAUACAUGCCGCUGUUAUACACUCAGUUCAGAGUUGACUCCGUACUCUUCAAGACGCGACUGCCUCACGACAAGACAAAGUGUUUUAAAUUCAUUUAGCAGAGCGGGGCCGGAAACAAGCACAGAAAUCUGAUGGAAAACUGACAUAGGAUGGUGUCUCGCUGGGGACAUGAAGGAUUAUUUUACUUGGAAUUUGUCUUCCUUGAAGUCAAGGGAGAACAAUUACAGAAACUGUGAGGCGUUUUUAAUGUUCACGUGUGUUAUCCAUCGGCAACCACUACAGGCUUUAUUUGCACCACUUUUAAUGGUCGACGGAAAAUUACGUGGACGUCUGCAACUGGGAAACCUUUACGGAUGUCAAACAAACCUUUUGAUCAUGUUAUACUGACUGAACAUGCAGAGUUACGGGAAAAUGGUGGGUUUUUCAUGACAUAUCUGAGAAUUAUCGAGAAUUAUGGAAUGGCUGAGGUGUCAUCACUCUAAACGGUAACAUUUUUUAUUUUUACUUUCCAUAUACUCUCUUGUAUAGAAUGCACUGAUGGUCAUGUUAUUUUUUUACGCGUGCGUGCGUGUGUGUCCGUGCGCGUGUGUGUGUGCGCCCGUGCGGACGUGUGUGUGCGUGUGUGUCCGUGCGGACGUGUGUGUGCGCGCGUGUGUGUGUGUGUGCGCGCGUGUGUGUGUGUGCGCGCGUGUGUGUGUGUGCGCGCGCGUGUGUGUGUGUGUGUGUGUGUGUUGGUGACUAAACGUCACUAAUCCCCGUCAAGUCAUUGUUGAUCAUCAGUAAGAAUAGCACAAGACUAAAUCAGUUUAUUAGUGUGAACACAACAAUAUCAAACAUUACUUCAUAGGAAUAGCACCAGAUCAAACCAUUGAAUGUUUUAACCUCUGUCACAAAGAUGCCAGAAAACACAAUGUCUGUAUAUAACCUCUUCAGUAUGCUGACGGAAUAAGGAAUUCAACGCCUUUUGCUGGAUAAUCACGUCUUGUUUGUGGCGACUUAAGAAGAUCAUAUGAUUUCAUUGGUGAAUCUCACAAAUGUACGUUAUCAUAUAAUCACCCCAAAAUCUAAAGAAUACAUUAUGGCUUGCAUAAAGAAAGAUGUCUUGUGUUGUUACUUCAUUUUCAUGACAAUUAUGCACAUUAUCCCCCAGAUUCUCAUUACCAUAAUGUGACUUUUUACUUUUAAUUUUUUUUUUUUUUUUUUUUUUUUUUUUUUAAUUGCCAGUAUUCUCAAUGGUGAUUAUCAUUACUGUAAAUACAAAAAAAAAAUAAUUCAAAUCAACACAAAUGGGAAAUUAUACCAUGAUUUAUAAAUACAUAAUAAUUAGAAAAUGAUAAUUGUUUAAUGGGGGAAAUGUGCUUGGGCAAAAAGAAAAUUAAAGCCCAGUUUUAGGACAAUCAUUUUUGUUUUUGCAGUAAAGUAUUUGCAAUUAUUAUUAUUUAUUUAUUUUGUAAUUUCUGUUAUUCUUAAUGUUGAUUCUCAUUGCAUUAUUUUUACUGAAAGUACUGAUGGAAAUAAAUUACUAAUAUUUUUUUCCUAUUAAAUGAACCCCAUUUUUUUUUUAUUCAACUUAAAUUGCAUUCCAAGUAACACCAUGAUUUAUAAAUACGUUACUAUUUUUUUUUUAUGGGGGAAAUGUUUGCCAUGCCAAACUAUUUACUGCAAAAUUCACUGGAAAACAAAUAGUCCUUAAAUGGUCUUUAAAGACAUAUUUUCUUUAUGUUUGGGGUGGCUGUGGCUCAGUUGGUAGAGCGGGUCGGCCACUAAUCGCAGGGUUGAUGGUUCGAUUCCCGGCCCACAUGACUCCACAUGCCGAAGUGUCCUUGGGCAAGACACUGAACCCCAAGUUGCUCCCAAUGGCAGGCUAGCACCUUGCAUAGCAGCUCUGCCGUCAUUGGUGUGUGAAUGGGUGAAUGAGACGCAGUGUAAAGCGCUUUGAAGGUUAAAAAGGCGCUAUAUAAGUGCACCAUUUACGCUAAAUAUAUCUUCCCCCAUAAAAUGAAGCCCAUUUCUUUGGACUAUAAGACUGUUUGCAUUGUGACAUUUUCAUGACAGUUCUAAUUCACAUUACAGUAAUGUGACUGACUGGACUUUUUACUUUCAAGCAUUUUUGUAAUUCCCAAUGUUAUCAGGGGUGAUUCUCAUUAGAUUACACUGUGUAACUAUUUUUGUGUUUCAGGUUAGUAAGUGUUAUUUCCUAAUUGCUUAUGCCUCAAAAGUAUAGAAAAUGGCUAUUAUUCCCUACAAACUUUGCUUUUGUGACUAGGACAGUGAUAUUUUGCAAUGUACCUAUUUCCAAUGAGAAAACAGGCGUAUUUGUGUUUUUUCGAUUACAUAAUGUCAGAGAAAAAACAACAUAUGAAUUCGUGCUGGUCCAUAAUGGUAACUAUUACCCGGCUCUUCCCCUGGCUCACUUGGUGCACCUCAAAGAAGAUUACAACAGCAUCAAGACGUUGUUGGAUGCCUUGAAGUAUGAUGAGUAUGAGUACUGGGAGGUCAUUGGAGACUUCCUGAUGGGUCUCCAAGGCUCCAAGUUUCCCUGCUAUCUGUGCCUUUGGGACAGCAGGGACACCAAUGUGCACUACCGCAGGCGGGACUGGCCACAGCGGACCGAGUUCUCUGUGGGGAGGAACAACGUCAAGUGGAAGCCACUGGUGGACCCCCGGGAGGUGCUGAUGCCACCUGUGCACAUCACAUUUGGCCUUAUGAAACAAUUUGUCAGAGCUCUAAGGAGUCGGCAGCCUUCAAGUACCUUCAAGAAUUCUUCCCUAAGCUGUCUGAGGCAAAGGUCAAAGCCGGUGUCUUCGUCGGACCACAAAGAAGGAUUUUGGAUUCAUAUGUUGUUGUUUUUCUGACAUUAUGUAAUCGAAAAGGCACAUUCGCCCGUUUUCUCA